AUGUCGGACCACCUCUCUCCACCGCAGGAGUACCCAAGCGGACACAAUUCAUCGCCGUCUCAUCACAUCACCAGCGACGCAGCCAGCUCGAGCUCCACGCAGCAAAGGAUGUUGGGCACGAAGUGGACACAGGAGACCGUGACAAGAAUUCGCUUUGUGCACGCGGAUCUUGGAGCUUGGACCUGGAUCGACCCACUCACAGUACCUGACCACUGGGAGCUUUUCUCUGAGAAUGGCAGAAUACGAUUUUGGAAUCCUCUCACGGACAACAUCGUAGCGGAAGAGGAUGAAGUGGCGGUUGAGAUUGAGCGCGAGAGAGAAAUAGGGGAAUGUGAGUGCUCUUGGUGUCUAUACAAUGAGAAUGGAUGUUGACAUGGAUUAGAUGUGGCCGAAGGGACGAUCAGUGCUGCAGAAGAACUCGAACGCCAAGCUAGUCCUGCGCUAGAAAUAGGCAAUGCUGAAGCUCAACCCUUCGAAUCUGCUGUUUUGGUGGGUCGGAAAGAGGAGAAGAAGGGUCCCAUGCAGACGGAAUCUCUCCAUCCAUUUGCGAGACAGAAGCACGGAGGAAAAGCACAGAAGGGAGGAAAGAAGAAGAAGAAAUGA